AGAAAACAUUUGAGGGGUGCUCACCCACGACUUUGUUUUGGCUUCGCGCAAAACUUUAUUUUUCUGACGAUAUGAAAAUGUUUUUAGUUUUUAAAAUUUAGUGUCCUAAUUUUGUUAAAAAAUUAAUCUAAUGUCUUUGGGAGAAAAGCUCAAGUAUUCGUUAAUACGACAACAUGACAUCGAAAAUCAACGUUAUUGGACGAGAUCAGAAAAGCGAAGAUGGUUUUUCACACUCUUUGCAGGGUGUUGUAUGGUAUAUGCGACGAGGACAACUAUGCCUUUAUUAAUGCCAUCCGUUGCUGGUGAAAAACGAUACACAAAAACAGAAUCGGGGACAAUUCUCAGUUCGUUUUUCUGGGGAUAUUGUCUAAGUCAGAUAUAUGGUGGACUUUUGAGUGACAAGUAUGGUGGUCAACGUAUCAUUUUUAUCUCAAGUAUUUUCUGGUCAAUUAUAACAAUUGCAAUGCCAAGUAUUUUCGAUUUAUCAUCUCAUCUCUCGACGCUUUCGUUGCCGUUUAUUGUGCUUGUGAGAAUCUUAAAUGGUGCUAUGCAAGGCGUUUAUUUUCCAGCCAUGAUGAGUAUAACAAGUCAAAAUUUAAGUGAGACUGAACGUGGUAAUUUCUUUUCGCUUCUUACAAUGGGAUCGGCUUUUGGAACAUUAACAACCGGACUUUUAGGGACAUUUGUUCUCGAUUACUUUGGGUGGGCUUGGGUUUUUCAAGUCAUUGGUUUUAUUGGCAUAUCCUGGGCUCUUCUUCUUCGCUAUUACACAAUAUCAUCUGAGCGUCAGCGAAUUAUCAACAUAUCAGCGUCGAAUCUUUGUAUAAAAAAUGGAAUAUCAAGUGAAGUUCCUUGGUUGAAGUUAAUCUCAUCACGUCGACUUUGGGCUUGUGUCAUUGGACAAGCUUGUGAGAUGAAUUGUUUCUUCGUACUCUUAUCAUGGUUACCAACAUAUUUUAAUGAGAACUUUCCUCAUCGUAAAACAUAUUUAGUGAAUUUUUUACCUUGGAUAUUCGUCCCACCAUGCACAAUAUUUGCGAAAUAUUUAAGCGAAAAUCUUUUAUCAAAAAAUUAUCAAUUAACAUCAACAAGAAAGAUUAUUCAAGGAAUAUGUUUUGUGGUUCAAAGUGUUUCACUUAUGAUAGUGAUGAGUACAAAAAGCUUUCCAAUUUCGUUGAUUUGCAUGUGUACUGUCAUUGGAAUGACGGGAUUUCAUGCUUCAGGUGUGACUGUUAAUCCACAAGAUCUUUCUUCAAACUUUUCUGGAAGUGUCUUUGGAUUAAUGAAUACGGUUGGUGCUACUGUUGGAUUUCUAGGAGUAUAUUUAGCUGGACAUAUUCUUGAACUUACACAAAGUUGGAAUUCAGUCUUCAAUCUUUUGGUGACAGGAAAUUUAAUUGGACUUUUUGUAUUUUCACUUUUCGGAAGUUCUGAGCCAAUAAUUUAGAAUUAAGAAAAAUAUUAAAAAAUAAUAAAAAUGUGAUCUUAAGAUUGUGAAAUAAA